CAAAAAAAUUAAUAAAAUAAAACCAACAAAAACGCUCUCAAGCCAUCAAAAAUUGCUCCGUUUCUAUACUUCCUCACUCUCUUCCUUGCCUCUUCCUUUCUUCUUAUUUCCUCCAUUCGCUUCAAAAUUCGAGCCAAAUCUAGGGUUUUCAUAGAAGAAAAUUCGGUUGGGGUUACCGAAAUGACGACCAUGGAGAGCUUGAUCGGACUGGUGAAUCGGAUCCAAAGGGCUUGUACUGUUCUUGGCGACUAUGGCGGCGACAGUGCUUUGCCUACUCUCUGGGAGGCUCUUCCCUCUGUUGCCGUCGUCGGUGGCCAGAGUUCGGGGAAAUCGUCGGUAUUGGAGAGCAUCGUUGGACGUGAUUUUCUUCCCAGGGGAUCAGGGAUUGUGACCAGGAGGCCUUUGGUACUGCAGCUACACAAAACUGAAGAGGGCCUACAGGAGUAUGCUGAGUUUCUUCACUUGCCAAAGAGGAGAUUCACUGACUUCUCCAUUGUUCGGAAGGAAAUUCAGGAUGAAACUGAUAGAAUGACUGGGAGGACAAAACAGAUUUCUCCAGUUCCUAUCCAUCUCAGCAUCUACUCCGCAAAUGUGGUUAAUUUGACUUUGAUAGAUUUACCUGGUCUGACAAAGGUUGCAGUAGAGGGGCAGCCAGAAAGUAUUGUUCAAGACAUAGAGAACAUGGUUCGUUCUUAUAUAGAGAAGCCAAACUGCAUCAUUCUGGCCAUAUCUCCAGCCAAUCAAGAUAUUGCAACAUCUGAUGCUAUGAAGCUCUCCAGAGAAGUUGAUCCCACAGGUGAAAGGACAUUUGGUGUGUUGACUAAGCUUGAUUUGAUGGACAAGGGAACCAAUGCUUUAGAUGUUCUUGAAGGAAGGUCGUAUCGGCUGCUACAUCCUUGGGUGGGAAUUGUGAACCGCUCACAGGCUGAUAUCAAUAAAAAUGUAGAUAUGAUUGCUGCACGGAGAAGGGAGCGUGAAUUCUUUGCCACUAGUCCUGACUAUGGGCAUUUAUCUAGCAAAAUGGGCUCUGAAUAUCUUGCAAAACUUCUCUCUAAGGUAUGUGUACGCUUAUUUCAUUUUAAAUGUGAGGAUCUUUUAUUUUUUUGCCUGUUAAUUUUUUAUAGAAUGGCUGCUUACUUUUUGUUGUUGAUAUGGUUUCAGCAUUUAGAGGCUGUGAUCAGGGCUCGCAUACCAAGCAUCACAUCUUUGAUUAAUAAAAGCAUUGAUGAACUUGAAGGAGAGUUGGACCACCUUGGUAGACCCAUUGCUAUUGAUGCAGGGGCUCAACUAUAUACCAUUUUAGAGCUGUGUCGUGCAUUUGAUCGGAUAUUCAAAGAGCAUUUGGAGGGAGGACGACCUGGUGGUGAUCGGAUUUAUGGAGUUUUUGAUAACCAGCUCCCUUCUGCUUUGAGGAAGCUUCCAUUUGAUCGUCAUCUUUCACUGCAGAAUGUAAGGAAAGUGAUUUCAGAGGCAGAUGGGUACCAACCUCAUCUGAUUGCGCCCGAGCAAGGUUACAGGCGCCUCAUUGAUAGUUCCCUUAAUUAUUUCAGAGGUCCAGCUGAAGCUUCAGUGGAUGCUGUGCACUUUGUUCUGAAGGAGCUUGUGAGAAGGUCAAUUGGAGAGACUAAGGAGUUGAGGCGCUUUCCCACUCUUCAGGCUGAACUUGCAGCAGCUUCCAAUGAGGCAUUGGAGAGGUUCCGUGAAGAAAGUAAGAAGACAACUCUGCGAUUGGUGGAGAUGGAAUCCUCUUACCUGACUGUGGAUUUCUUCCGAAAACUCCCUCAAGAAGUGGAGAAGGGCGGAAACCCAUCUGCUUCUGCUGCAGAUCGAUAUGGAGAGGGGCACUUCCGGAGGAUAGGAUCAAAUGUCUCCCAAUACGUGGCAAUGGUAUCUGAGACACUAAAGAACUCCAUCCCAAAGGCUGUGGUCCAUUGCCAAGUUAGGGAGGCCAAGCGGUCUUUACUUGAUCAUUUCUAUACACAAGUGGGAAAAAAAGAGGGCAAGCAGCUUUCUCAGUUGCUGGAUGAAGACCCUGCAUUGAUGGAAAGGAGGCAGCAAUGUGCAAAGAGGCUUGAGUUGUACAAGUCUGCAAGGGAUGAGAUUGAUUCGGUCUCGUGGAGCAGAUGAAAGAGGGAAUGUGUGUUAGAAAGAGAUCCUCCUUUGUAUCAUAGCUAGAUAUUGUGAGGCAUGCUAAAGAUUGGACUAUGGUCUUGUAUUGUCAGCUUGUUGUGGCAAGUUUAUUUAUGUUUAUAUUCUUUGAACCUGAUGCAAAUUUAAUUUUUUUAAUUAAA